UCCCUUCACAAUUGCGAGACAGGCCUUUGCCAAUUGCCAUCUCUUUCUCUAUAUUUCCCACUCAAACUACGCAGUUAAAGCGAAGGAAGCUAAAAGAAAAAAGAAUAGUUAUAUAUGGCACCGAGGGAUAAAACGGCCGCCGUUAAAGGUAACGGCAACGGUAACGUGAAGGAGGUGCAUUUUAGGGGAGUGAGGAAGAGGCCAUGGGGGAGAUACGCCGCGGAGAUCAGAGACCCCGGCAAGAAGAGCCGCGUUUGGCUGGGCACCUUCGACACGGCUGAGGAAGCCGCUCGCGCCUACGACACAGCCGCCAUAGAGUUCCGCGGCUCCAAGGCCAAGACCAACUUCCCUUCGCCCUCCGAGAACGCCAACAAGAAGAAUAAUAGUGAUAAUAACAAGAAUAUUUGCAGUAACAAUCAGAGCCCGAGCCAGAGCAGCACGGUGGAGUCGUCCAGCCGCGAGCCGGCUCUGAUGAUGGAUUCCUCGCCGUUGGAUCUGAACCUCGCGGACGGCCAGGACGUUGGCGGCGGCGCGGGAUUCGGAUCUGCCACCGUGAAGUUCCCCUUCCAGCAGCACCACCGGCAGGUCCCGGCGGUCGGGCUGUUCGCCGGAGGUGUGACGGUGGCGAACCACAUGAUCUAUUUCGACGCGAUCGCUCGCGCCGGGCUGGUGAAUGGUCGGCCCUAUCAACUGCCGAAACUCGAUAAUUUCCACUCGGCGGGCUUUGCACGCGUGGUCCAGAGCGACUCGGACUCCUCGUCCGUCAUUGAUUUGAACCAUGAGGAUCUCAGGACUCGGCGAGCCCUCGAUCUCAACAUCGAUCUCAACCAACCUCCGCCACCGGAAAUCGACUAAGCUUUUUUCGGAAAUCUACGGAUUUUAAUUUAAUUUCUUUGGUUUUUAAUUUCGUUUUCGUUUUCCUUUUCGUUUUCUCUAAGUGAGGGAAAAUAGCAAAAAAAAAACAGAAAAAGAAAACGAAAAGUACGGUGAGAGCAAGUACCAGAGCUCGAUGUGAAUACGUAGGUGAUCUCCUUGUUUUUUUUCAACAGUGUAACGAAACGUUGAGUUUCUUGCUGUUGUUCUAGGGCUCUUUAUUUUAUUUUAUUUUUCCCCGUUGUAAUCUCUGAUUUCGGCAUUACUUUCCUUCACGGAAUUAACAGCGAUAAUUUCUCAAAUAAAAGCGUAUGCAAUUUUCAGUUC